GCGAGCACUUCCGGAAUCUCCGGGCCGCUUGGCGUGGUUGGCCUGCCAAAGCCCGAUUCUUGCCUCGCGUGCGAGGCCCCGAUUCGCUCGUGAUCUCGCGCGCCUCCGUCCCCCGGCCUCAUGGCCGGGCUGACCCUGUUUGUGGGCCGCCUGCCGCCCUCCGCCCGCAGUGAGCAGCUGGAGGAGCUGUUCAGUCAGGUGGGGCCGGUGAAGCAGUGCUUCGUGGUGACUGAGAAAGGGAGUAAGGCAUGUCGAGGCUUUGGCUAUGUCACUUUUUCUAUGCUGGAAGAUGUUCAGAGGGCCCUCAAGGAGAUUACUACCUUUGAAGGCUGUAAGAUCAACGUGACUAUUGCCAAGAAAAAACAGAGGAACAAGUCCAAGGAAAAGGGGGAAAAUGAAAAUUCAGAACCCCCAAAGAAGGAGCUGAAACCUAAAAAACCCAAACUAGCAGAUAAGAAAGCCAGAUUAAUUAUUCGGAACCUGAGCUUUAAGUGUUCAGAAGAUGACUUGAAGACAGUAUUUGCUCAGUAUGGAGCUGUUCUGGAAGUAAACAUUCCCCGGAAGCCAGAUGGAAAGAUGCGUGGUUUUGCUUUUGUCCAGUUCAAAAACCUUCUAGAAGCAGGAAAAGCUCUCAAAAGCAUGAACAUGAAAGAGAUAAAAGGACGGACAGUGGCUGUGGAUUGGGCUGUGGCAAAGGAUAAAUAUAAAAAUACACAGUCUGCCUCUGCCCCAGGUGAGGAGAAGAGGCCUGAACCUAAACAUCAGGAAUUAGGUAAAGAGAAUGGCAGCGAAGAAAAGGAUAUGGAAGAGGAAGAGGGAGAAGAGGAUGACACAGAAGAGGAAGAAGAUGAGGAGAGGGAAAGGGAGGAGAACAAAGAAACAAGGGUGACCAAGCCUGCAAAAAUUCAAAAGAGAGCAGUCCGGAGGGCCGCGCCUGGCGAGAGCAGUGAGGAGGAGAUUUCUGAUGACGACAGUGACCUGGGGGAAAGAGAGAGUAUCGAUGGUGGAGAGGAACUGGCUCAGAGUGAUACCAGCAGUGAAGAGCAAGAGGACGAAGAUGUGCAAGUCUCAAAGAAAAAGAAGAGGAAAUUACCCUCUGACGUGAAUGAAGGGAAAACUGUUUUUAUCAGAAACCUGUCUUUUGACUCAGAGGAAGAAGAACUCGGGGAGCUCCUCCAGCAGUUUGGAGAUCUUAAAUAUGUCCGUAUUGUCUUGCAUCCAGACACAGAGCAUUCUAAAGGUUGUGCGUUUGCCCAGUUCAUGACUCAAGAAGCAGCUCAGAAAUGCCUUGAAGCUGCUUCUCCAGAGACUGAGGGUGGUGGGCUUAAACUGGAUGGCCGGCAGCUCAGGGUCGACUUGGCAGUGACCCGUGAUGAGGCUGCAAAGCUCCAGACAAAGAAGGUGAAGAAGCCAACUGGAACCCGGAACCUCUACCUGGCCCGAGAAGGCUUGAUUCGUGCUGGGACUAAGGCUGCCGAGGGUGUGAGCGCUGCUGAUAUGGCCAAAAGAGAACGGUUUGAGCUGCUGAAGCAUCAGAAACUCAAGGACCAGAAUAUCUUUGUCUCCCUGACCAGGCUGUGCCUGCACAACCUCCCAAAGAGUGUGGAUGACAAAGAGCUCAGAAAGCUGCUGCUGAGUGCCACCCGAGGGGAGAAGGGGGUGCGCCUCAAGGAGUGUAGGGUGAUGCGAGACCUCAAAGGAGCACUUGGGAAGGUGAAGGGUCAGUCCCUGGGCUACGCCUUUGCAGAGUUCCAGGAGCAUGAGCAUGCCCUGACAGCCCUACGCCACAUCAACAACAACCCAGAGAUCUUUGGGCCUCUGAAGAGACCAAUAGUGGAGUUCUCUUUGGAGGAUCGAAGGAAACUUAAAAUAAAGGAACUGAGGAUUCAGCGCAGCCUGCAAAAAGUGAAAUCCAAGCUUGCAACUGGUGGGCCCCAGCAGGAACAACCAGCCCUUGGAAAGGACCAGCAGCGGCAACAGAAAGCAGCUCAAAACCACACACAGGAACAAACCAAGGCCCCCCUGGAGCAGAAGGGGAGGGUGCAUCCGACCUCGUGGACAGGGUUCCAGACCAAGGCUGAAGUGGAGCAGGUGGAGCUGCCUGAUGGAAAGAAGAGAAGAAAGGUCUUAGUGCUCCCCUCACACCGAGGCCCCAAAAUUAGGCUGCGGGACAAAGGCAAGGUGAAGUCUCUCCCCAAAAAGCCAAAGCCCCAGAUGAACCAGCAGAAGCCAGAGAAGCAGACCUUACCUCCCAAGCAGGCCCUUGGGAAAAAAGCUAAGGGAAAUAAGACCGAAAUCCGCUUCAACCAGCUGGUCGAACAAUACAAGCAGAAAUUACUGGGACCUUCUAAAGGAGCACCUCUUGCAAAGAGGAGCAAAUGGUUUGACAGUUGAUGGUGGCAACGGACUGGAUAAGAAGCUGGAUUCUUGGUCACGCUCCCAGGUCGCCACCCCUUAAUGUUAUUCUCUGAGGGAAGGACACCCUCCCCUUCCUCCCCAGGGCACCGCCACUGUUGGGAGGCCCCUUGGGCUGUGCACAUUUGAACUUUGGACCCCUCCUCAGUGCGUGAUUAGUGAACCACAAAGAGAAAUCUCAGAAAAACAUCGAUGCUUUUUGUGUAUUAUCCAAGUUACUGUGUGAAUUGUGUCUGUAAUUAUUACCCAUUCAGUCCUUUGUUUCUCAAAUGGAAAACAGUAGGAAAGAGGUUUCUUGAGGGCUGAAUUUUUAAGAUGUGUAUUUUGUUAAGUGUUUCCUUUAAAUGAGGUAUUUUUUGGCUUUUUGAAUAACAAACUUAUUUCUCAUUUCUAAUA